AUGCACCCCGCCAUCGCCGAGCUCCCGUCCCGCCUCUUUUACGAGUCGGCCCUCGUCACUGCACAGUCCGCCGCGAGCGGCCAGGCGCCCCCCUCCUUCCCGUGGCCCUCCGCUGCCACGCCGGCCGCUUUCCUCGACGUCCGCUCGCGCGAGGCGCGCGACGGACAGUCGCACAGCAACGUGGGCGAGGUGGAGGCCGUCGUCGCCGUCGUCGACCGGCUGCGCGCGGGCGGCGUGAGCCUCGAGUCGGUCGGUGUGAUCACGUUCUACGCGGGCCAGUCGCGGCUGCUGCGCCGGCGGCUGCCGCGCUCCGUCGAGUGCAACACGGUCGACGCGUUUCAGGGCCGCGAGAAGGACAUCGUGAUCCUCUCGUGCGUGCGCGCCAACGAGGGAUGCCGCUGCGGCUUCUUGAGCGACGCGCGGCGCGCCAAUGUGUCGCUGACUCGCGCGCGGCACGGCCUCAUCGUCGUGGGACACGCGCAGACGCUGCAAGCGGACCAGACAUGGGGCGAGUACCUCCGCUGGGCCAGGGGGCGAUCCCUCGUCCUCGACGACUGGCAGACGGCGCUGAAGGCGGAAGGCAACGCGAAGCGGCGCGAGGGCGGUGGCAAGGUCGAGCGGCGGGACGGGGCAAAGAAGAGGCGCGGCGACAAGCAGAAGAAGGCGGCGAAGGAGAAUGGGCCGCAUUCCGCGAGCGGGCAGCAGUAG